AUGUUUUCAAUAUACCUGGUGCUUCUGUGCGCAGUGGUCUACGCGCAGGGACUUGAUCUUUCGCAGUACGAGAUCGACGUUCCUGGCCAGUUUACACCAGACAAUCUAUUUGAGAGGAGCGUGGAGCGUAGUCUGCCGCCACAGGAUUUGUAUGGACUGCAAUCUGUUUCUUCAUCGAUUGGUUUCAAUCAGUCGCAGACCUACGCUUUUGCCUUUGAUUCGAAGAUCGCCACUAGCAACGUCACACUGAAAAUAUCCAUCGACUCAAGACCGACGUCCUGGCGGAGUAGCGACGAAGGGUUGGUGCUCUAUUACGACUUUGGCGAUGAUCUGACAGAUAUUGAGGAUACCACGAAAGUCGAGUUCAGGAACUCUGAGGCCAUCCUCACGCUGAACGAGACACAGCUCAACAUGCACUCGCUCAUGUUUGCGCGGCUGAUCUCCAAUGGCUGCGCCCAGUGCAAGGAUGACCAGGUGUGGACCUAUACGAUGGAGAUAUCUGCCGGAUCGAUCUACUUUAACUACACGGGAGAAAACCUAAUAUCUGUGGUCGAUGUGGACGACGAGAGCGUUUUGUUGAGUGGCGCGGAUUUGUGGUCCAAUCCACAUGCCGAGUUUGUGCUUUCGUUGUACAACGAUGCAAACUACACCAGCGAGGUGUUGACACAGCCGAUCGAUAAUAGCACGGUCACGGGAGACCGCAAUCUCAUUCAGAUCUCUGGACUACAGAGCAAUGCCACCUAUUUUGCCACCUUUGCAGAACAGAUCUCUGGAAACGACGUGACUCUUGUUCACCAACGCUUUAACUUCACUUUACGCGACUCGCAAGCGUGCAAGAUCAUUCACAACCUGGAAUUCUGUAAGGAUGUGGCAUACGCGGUUCCGGCAUCUGCGGCACUGGUUGACGGGGCUCAGACGGUGGACGAGCUUGCAGCCUUAUAUGACAACUACUCAUCGUCUCUGUACGUGUAUUUUGACUAUGCGCUGCAACAAAUACCCUGCGACACCGAGCUAGACUCAAGGUACUCACCUAUCGUGACAUGCGACGACUGCAGGCAAUCGUAUCGGCAAUGGCUGUGUGCAGUGACCAUUCCAAGAUGUUCUACAUUAGAUGCUCCGUUAUACAAGCUGUAUAACGAAUCAGAAGGAAGAACAGAUUUUAUUGCCGAGACGAUUCAGCCGCCUCUGAGCUACUACGAGGUGCUUCCUUGUCUGAAUAUCUGCCAGGCGAUCGUUCGAGAUUGUCCGCCAGAUUUUGGAUUCAAGUGCCCUUCAACAUCGGCGUUGAUCAAAAGGAGCUAUGGAGACGAUAAAUACCUUGACGAGGGAGACACCUACCUCGCAUGCAAUUCGUUCACCUUCGAAUACACCAGUGCAGCCUCCAGGCUUAUUAAAGUCCCAUGGAUUCUAUUAAUAUUGAGUCUAGUUGUUUUGCUAUGA